AAUGACAAAGUGCAUUAAAUUUUAACCACUCUUUCAACAGAGACUUUAGAAAAUCAACAAUGUAGGUCCUGAACCUUCACUGCUUUACUUGGUUUCAUCAGAAAUGGCUGCUAUGAAGGUCUUCCUUUUAUUUGGCAUAGCAUUUGUCAUCUGUCAAAUGAAGUGUGUCUCAUCUCUCCAAAGUGACCAGGUACUGUGGGCCCUUCCACAUUCUAGUAGGCAAGUUGAAAUUCUCCAGAAUUUGACCACUUCUUUCCAGGUUGUGCUUUGGCAACCUGACUCACCUAGAAACAUAAUGAAAAACAAAGAGGUACAUUUCUACGUCAACAUGUCUGAUGUAGAUGAUGUGAAAGCUGCACUUAACAGAUCUGGCAUCCUUUACAGAGUAUCGCUGGAGGAUGUUCACAAAAUUAUUGAGACCCAAACUGCCAAUGACACUGUCUCUCCCCGUAGUUCUGCAUCAUUUUAUGAACAGUACCAUUCUCUAAAAGUGAUAUAUUCCUGGAUGGAAGAAAUAGCUGCACAACAUCCCAAUAUCAUCCAAAAAAUCUCCAUUGGCGCAUCAUAUGAAAAAAGAUCACUUUAUAUUUUGAAGCUUUCAAAUGGAAAUGGGACACAGAAAAAUGCAAUUUGGAUAGACUGUGGUAUCCAUGCUCGGGAAUGGAUUUCUCCCGCUUUUUGUCUUUGGUUCAUAGGACAUGCAACCCAGUCGCUAAGCAGGGAUUCUGUGCUGGCAGGGCUUCUUCAGCACCUUGACUUCUAUAUCUUGCCAGUAAUGAAUGUGGAUGGCUAUGAGUACACGUGGACUACAGACCGAAUGUGGAGGAAAAACCGGUCAAUACAUGGCAGCAACAGAUGCAUCGGGACAGAUUUAAACAGAAAUUUUGAUGCAGGGUGGUGUGGUAUAGGUGCAUCUAAUGAUGCAUGUGAAAACACGUACUGCGGACCUUACCCUGAGUCUGAACCAGAAGUAAAAGCUGUAGCUAAUUUUCUCAGAAAGCACAAGGAUCAUAUUAAGGCAUAUAUAACAAUGCACUCUUACUCCCAGAUGGUUCUGUUUCCAUAUUCGUAUACUAGAAAUAACAGUAAAGAUCACGAUGAGCUGAAAUUCUUGGCAAACAAAGUAGCUAGUGCUAUUAAAACUACAUAUCGAAACCACUAUCUGGCAGGCCCCGGGGCACAAACAAUCUAUUUGGCUCCAGGAGGUUCAGAUGACUGGGCAUAUGACCUUGGUAUAAAGUAUUCCUUCACUUUUGAACUUCGGGACAAAGGAAGAUACGGAUUUUUGCUUCCUCAGCAUCUCAUUAAACCAACUUGCUUUGAAGCACUCACUGGAAUCAAAGUAAUAGCUUCACAUGUAAUUAGAAAUGUGUAACACACUGUAUUCCACUUAGCAUUGUACAACAUUCCAGACAAAUACAAUUUGCUUGGUAUUUUAAUUUCAAUAAAAAUUGGACUUUGGUUGUUGCUAACUAAUGUUGAAUCAUGUUCAA